CGCGGCCCUCACACGCAGCACAGCUCGGCACUCCUCUCCAGGCAGUCAGAGAACGUCACGGCGGCAUGGCGACACUGCACAGCGGCCUCGUCGGGCGGCUCCUGGUGGCGGCUCUGCUGCUGGGCUGGACUCAUGCUCGCGGUGGCAGUCGAGGCGGUGGCCGCUUUAGUCGGUUCCUGGUGCCCCGCACGUGCGCGCCUGAUGACGACGGGGCGACGGUGGAGGCCGUCUGUGCCAUUGUGCGCCAGUGCCGUGAUUCCCUAAGGGGUGGCCAGCGCGGCCGCGACUCAUGGCUGGCGUGGAAGGCAGCUCUGUAUGGAUGUGUGGCUAACAACCUAACCAUUGAAAACAGCCAAGAAUCUCUAGACGCGGCCAUUGAGGGCCUCACAAGUGAUACUGAUUUGAUCAGUCUUUGGCAAACCAGCUCCAGCGCGUGUCUGGGCGCCCUGCCCGAGGAACUGACCGCCGAGCAGCAGCCCGUGUUCCUCCUGGCCUGCAUCAAAGGGAGACUCAAGCUCGACUGCGCGCUCCAAGAUGAGGACGCCGCGCUGUGCCGGCGCGCCAGAAGUGGCCUGCUGCGCAGACGGAGGUGCUCGCUCGCCAACCUGCUGCCGUGGAGCAGCCGGCGCCGCUGUCUGCUCGAGGAGCCCGGCGGCUCGCUGCCCGGCGGCUGGUGGCGGCGGGGCGCGCUCAACUGCUCCGAGCUGCUGGCUGCCGCCGUGGACGUCACCGGCUGUGCCAUGAGGAACGUCUCGCUGGCCGACGGUGACACUGUGGAUCGCGCCCAGCUGGAGACGGCCAUCUCCGAGCUGGGUGACAGCGACGCCCUCCUGGACAUCCUGGAAGCGUGUCCGCAGACCGAUCUGGACGCCAUCAUCAACUGCUGGAGUGAGACGGCGCCGGAGCAGUGUCUCAUCAGCAGGGCCAUAGCAGUGGCCGAGGCGCUCCAGCAACAGGACACGGAGGAGCCAGUGUGAACUAAGACUGCGCGAUUGCACGGGGGAUGAGUUAGGAGCACGAUUGACGAGUAUGCACUUUAAAUUUUUACUGCUUGUUAUCAAACAUAUGUAGGCAGCGGCACAGCUUCACGAGGCUGCGGGGUGCUGGAUGGUGGAGGUUCACUUCCGUCGAGAGUGACAAACACUGUUUGGGUGUGGGCUAAGUGUGGGGCACGCGUUGUUCCGAUUCGCGUAAGUCUAUGUAAUUUCAUCUUUUGAUGCUACCCAUGCCUGCAUGUUUAUGAAGAUGCUUUGAAAUAAACAUUGUUUGGCUCAAAA